UUUCAGCACACUGGACAGCUCUCUCCGCGUGUCUCGUGCUCACCAGAGCGCUUCUGGCAUGUGCGCUGGGAAUACGACCAUCAGUCACAGCUGGUGGAAGGCACGACCAGAGACCAUGGCGGACUCGCCACAGCAUCCUUCCUACAGCUGCUGAUAAAGCCGAGCCUCAAGAGAUGAGCAUCCCGGAGUUCCUACUGGAAGUGUCCAUCGUGGUGAUAGCUGUUGUCUCGUUGUUGACAAACUUGUCAGUGCUGUUAUGUUUCACCCAGAGCGCCGACUUAAGGUCCCAUGUGCCCGGAAUCUUCGUCCUAAACCUCUCCUUCUCCAACAUCCUCCUCUCUCUCAUCAACAUGCCCGCCACUUUUCUCGGGGUAACCAAACGCACAAAGCCCUUCGGGGACUUGUUCUGUCAAGCCGUCAGUUUUGCCGAGACUUUCCUCACCAUUAACACCAUGCUGAGCAUGGCCGCGCUGAGCAUGGACAGGUGGAUAGCGGUGGUGUUUCCCCUCAACUACUCCAGCAAGAUGCGCUACAGGGAUGCUUUUCUGAUCGUGGGGUACUCCUGGCUGCAGUCUCUCACCUUCUCUCUGACUCAGCUGCUGAUGGACUGGGGAGGUUACAGUCACACCUAUGCCACAUGUACCGUGCACCUGGCCGGGGAGGAGAGGACGCAGCUGGCCGCCUAUGCGACCUUCACAGCGCUGUUCCACUGCAGCAGCUUUGCGCUCUGCCUCCUCGUCCUGUGCUUCGCGUACCUCAAAGUUUUGAGGGUGGCCAAGUCCCACUGCAAGAGGAUAGAUGUCAUCACAGUGCAGACUCUGCUUCUGCUAGUUGAUAUUCACCCCAGUGUGAAGGAGAGGUGUCUAUCGGAACAGAAGAAGAGGAGGCAGCGAGCCACUAAAAAGAUUUGCAUCUUCAUCGGUUCCUUCCUCCUCUGCUUUUCACCCUAUGUUAUAACAAGGUUGGUGGAGUUGUUGCCCUCCGUGCACAUCCCCCGGUACUGGGGCAUUGCCACCAAAUGUCUGUGCUAUGCCAAGGCUUCCAGUGACCCGUUUGUCUACUGUCUGCUGCGGCAGCAGUACAGGAAGGUCCUGGUUAGUGUCAUCAGUCGGGUUAUGAAACAGAAUCAGUACUCACUGUCUGUCCACAGCACAAGCAGCACAUUGGACACCACAGAGGACCACUGUGUUGCCAGAAUAGCCUGAGCUCAAUGCACAACUAUUUUAAAUUACGCAACACCUGCAUCCCUUCUGCAGAAAGGUCAGAGGUCAGAAGCAGCCCUGUAGAUGGAAGGGAGUCAGUGCCUUGCUCAAGGACACUUUAAUAGAGGGCUGGACCACAUGACUCUUUCAGCCACAGUGCUGUCCACUGGGAGGACUGCGAAGGACACAUAACAAUAAAUCUGAACACACUGGCCUCUGAUGAGUGCUAAAGGCCUUUUCAGACUCUGUUGUUUCCAGAGGGCUCGUCAGUUUGUCUGCUGAGGCAUUGCCAAGGAUAACUCCACAUGAAAUCCACCACACAAUAUUUAUUACUAUCAUCACUGUAGAUGUAUAUUUGAAGUAACAUUGACUUUGUGAGGAGGUGUUCUUCAUGUCUGUAAUGUAAGUCUGAUGACAUAUUUUGAAGCUAAUAUUAAAGUUUGUGUUAAUGACUUUUUUAACACAUAGAGUGUAAAAAGUGAAGUGUCAGUAUGUGUGAAGAUAUUAUACCACAGCAAAAACACAGAUUAAAGAAUAAACUCCACUGCCACAAACGCAAUAUGACUCCACUAUAUAAGUACAAACGGCAAGUCAUAAUUAGAUUGUGGGAAUAUUGUGUUACUGUUAGGUAAUUUACCUAGCAGUUAAAGACCUGUGGUUCCCAACCUUUUUGUCUUGGAUCCCUGAUUACACGUUAUGACCUUAAUGUGAACAUGGGGUAUGUGCAUUUCAAAUAUUUUUUCUCAGAUUUGUCUCAAUUGAAGGAUGCCUGAGGAGAUGAAUGUAUGCAGGAUUUCACAAAAAAUAUAACAAAAAUCAGAAUAAAACCAUUUUCUGCAUAAGAUUCUUUUCUUCCUUAUUGCUUUAAUCAUCUUAUGACCCUUUAGACUUUUGGAGGGUCGUGACCCCAGGCUGGGAACCACAGCUAAGGACACAUUAUAAAUCUUCGCAACAGCCUAAUGAUAUAUAUAUAUAUGAGUAUUAUAACAAUGCAGCAACGAGGACAUGAAGGUUGAUGAUUUUUCACAGACGGAGGGUGCAGAGAUCUACCGUAUUUUUGCAUUUAUUGGCGAACAGGCUCAGAAGCCCUAUUAUGUCAAACAAUACAGACAUGAAUUUCUCUCAG